AUGAAUAUCUGGAAUAUAACUUUAGCAUUAUUUUCUUUAUCAUUAUUUAGGGUAGUUUUUAGUAUAAGUAAUUCAACUAUAAUAGAGGAUGAAGUUCAUAAAUUAAUUCCAAUCAAUACAACAAGUUUCUUUAAUGGUAAAACUGGAAAAUUAAAUAAAUAUAAUAAAUUACUAUUCAGAACAUUUGAUAUAAGUAGGGAAAUUAAGCGGAUAUUAAAAGAAGAAACUUUAAAUAGUAAAGAUUUUUUUACAAUGAAAAAUAACAAACAUUGUAUUGGUAGAUUUAAAUGUACAAGUAAAAAAAAAGUAGAAAAUAUACCAGAACCUCAUCCAAUCAGAGUUUUUUGUUUUAAAGACUAUCCAUUAUUAAGUAGAAAUCCAAAAUUUCAAAAAAUUGAUCAGAAUAAAUUAAAAUUAGAUAUAAAUAGAAAUGAAACCUUAAAAUAUGAUAUUAAUGAAGAUACUAAUAAAUAUAUCAAUAAUAUUGAUGGUAAUUUAACAGUUACUUAUAAAUAUCCAAAUUCUUCUUUAACAGGGUUAAUGGCUCAUAGACGUCCAAAGUAUAUAAUAUUGGCAUUAUUAGGGGUAAGCUCAGAUAAAAUGUAUUAUGAGGCAUUUAGAUAUACAUAUGACCCAUUUAUAUCAAAUAUGAGGAUAUAUGGUAGAAAUUUUGCAGAUAAUGUUGCAAUUUUAUUUCCUCAUGAAUAUAUAAGGAAGUUUAAGAUAUUAGGAUUUUUAAAUAUCUAUAGAUUUGCUUGGGCUGAUUUUGGUCACAAUUUACGUUUGAGAUCAGUAAAUUCAGUACAAUGGAUAUAUUCUGUGAAAGCAAUUUUGAAUUUAAUAUAUUUUUUGAUUGAGAAAGAGAAUUAUAGUCCUAAAAAUAUAUUCCUUUAUGGUUAUAGUCAAGGUGCAGCACUUGCUUUGAGUACUGUAAUCCGUUCCAAAUAUAAGCUUGGGGGGUGUAUUGCAGCUGGUGGGAUGUUUGUAGAACGUACAUCUGCAAAAAUAAGAAAUUCGUCAUUAGGUAUUAAUAAAAAAGGUCUAUCAACAAAUAUUUUAAUUGCUCAUUGUAAUCCAGAUAUGAUUUUUCCUUUUCGAAAUGCAAAAAAAGAUUUUAAUUAUUUAAAAAAUAUAAUGAAAGCUAAUACUAAGAAAUUUAUUUUAUUAGGUUAUGGACAUAGUUGUAUGUCAAAAUAUGCAAUGAUAUAUAUUAAUUGGUUUUAUAGUAUUAUAUCAUCAUAUAAAGGUAAUAAUUAUAAAGAGAGACCAUUUAACUAUGAUUUUUUAGAUCUAAAUUAUAAAGAUAAUUCGAUACUACAAGAUACGUCAGUUUAA